AUGAGUACCACCUCUUACUUGGCACAAUCCGACGAGACCUUUAUACCGAACAUUGCGAACAAUGAACAACAGAAGCAUCAGCAGAAGCCUGACAUAUUAGAUGCAGGGCACCCUGAAGAGAAACCUAGCAAGGGGACAAAGAAGAGAUCAAGGGCCACUGGAGGAGAGAAGAAAGCCAAGAAGAAUGUGAGCUCAAAGAAAAGGGGGAAGAAGCAGAACAAUAAUGUGAAGAGUGCUGCAGCUACAACGACGAGCAAUUCUGACGAGUCCUUGUUUGAUGGAUCAGCAGCGGAUGAGAAGAUUGAUGAUGAAGGAGGAGAAGUUGUGCCAACAACAUCUGCUAGUACUGGUUCCAUUAAUGUGAGCUUGAAUGGCAAGACAAGAGCCAGCAGGGGUGCAGCCACUGAUCCACAGAGCCUCUAUGCCAGGAAACGUCGAGAAAGAAUCAACGAGAGGCUGAAGGUUCUGCAGACCCUUGUCCCCAAUGGUACAAAGGUGGAUAUCAGCACCAUGCUUGAAGAAGCUGUCCAAUAUGUCAAGUUCUUGCAGCUCCAAAUCAAGUUGUUGAGCUCUGAUGAUCACUGGAUGUAUUCACCGAUUGCUUACAAUGGGAUGGACAUUGGAGUAUCAAGAUGUUCGUAG